UUCAGUCAUAUGUCACCAGUGCAAAAACAACAACAGACGAGAAAAUACUCAUACGCACCAAAUUAGCUGUUUUGCUCAUUCAGCAACUUUUCAGCGUUUAAAACGUUAGAAUAUUGUGAACAUUAUCGAAGCUGAUCUUUUUAUGUUUGUCAUAUUGUAUUUUAGACGUCGUUGCAUUUGAAGGGAUUCUGUGAACAGACUCAGUAGAGCAUGACAGGCUGGUUCUUUAAUUACCAUUAAAAACAUUCACAUGAUGACUAUGAUGGCAAAUCCAUGUAAUAUUGCUGUGGACCUGGAAAAGUGCAUUGUAAAAGAGGCUCCUCCAACUGUUUAUUACAUCCCAAAUUUCAUAACAGAGACUGAGGAGGAGUAUCUGCUGCAACAGGUAUACAGAGCUCCCAAAACCAAGUGGACACAGUUAUCAGGGAGGAGGCUCCAGAACUGGGGUGGGCUGCCAAGUCCCAAAGGAAUGCUUGCUGAGAAACUUCCAGAUUGGCUGCUAAAGUACACAGAGAAAAUAUCUGCUCUUGGGGCAUUUGCUGGAAAGUCUGCUAAUCAUGUGCUGGUAAAUGAAUACAAGCCUGGGGAGGGAAUUAUGCCUCAUGAAGAUGGGCCACUGUAUCACCCCACAGUAACAACUAUCAGUCUGGGCUCUCACACACUUCUGGACUUCUACAGGCCUGUUUGUAAAACACAGGUAUCAGCAGACAAACUUGAAAUUCCUCAAACAGAAGAGAGCCGCUACAUGUUAUCACUGUUGGUACAGCGAAGAAGUCUACUAAUUCUGAAGGAUAACAUGUAUGAACACUACUUCCAUGGUAUACAAGGAGUUUGUGAGGAUACAUUGUCAGAGCAUGUGGUAAAUCUCUCUUCAGCGCAGAGUCAGGUUGGCGACACAUUGCCCCGUGGUACAAGAAUCUCCCUUACCAUCCGCAACGUUCCCAAAGUCAUCCGAGCCAAUCUGUUACUUGGCAAGAAGUGACAAACUCAAGGACUUGUCUGAGCUUGGAACAAGACAAACAGGUUAUGCCUGUCUAAAUGUCAAAGCAAAGUAUUUAAAUGCAACACACAGAAGUGUCUACAGUAUAUUAUUUUACAUGCCAAGCAUUAGUGCCUGUAAGGAUGUCUUACUUUAGAUGCCUUACUGGAUGGCAUUUAUGCUGCUUGCUUGACAUUGUAUGUAACACAGUUCUGACUGAGUGAAGAAUCUUGAUCAUUUGGACAUCAGAAAAUGGCAUUAACCCGAGUGUUGACAGUGAUAUUUUGUUCGUCCACUCUGUUAAUGCACAGAAAUUUAAAAUGAGCAACAAUUGGACAGAAAGCAGAGUGAUAGAAGACUGAGAAAAAUUUCUUCUUUGCAAUCUCCCUGAAGCUAAAAUGUCUUUAAGGUUUGUCUAAUCUUAUGCACAUACGUACAUUGACCAUGUUCAAUGAAUAGAUGAAGCAAAUGGCUGCUUUUGCAACUGAAUAAAUAUACUGUGUGUAUGUGUGCGUGGCUAGUCGU